UUAAGGGAAGGGAAUUAAAUUAGGGUUUUUACAGCAGAAGAAAGAGAAGAAGAGCAUGGCGGCGUUGGCAGAGAAGAGCUGUAAAUUCUCGGGCUGUUGCUUUGUUUCUUAAAUGCCCCCCCCCACUUUUCAAUAUCGAGAAGGAAAAACAAUUAAAUUUAAAGUGAGAGGGCCAGGAGAUAGCACGAGGGGGGACAGCCUGCUGCAGAGAAAAACAAAACCAAAAACCAAAGAAGUUGUUAAAGAGACGAGAGGAUUUAUGCAACAAAUACACGUGUUGUUGGGGAGAUUUUUAUGAUAUGGAUUGUCUGUCACAAUUGAGUUCCGAAAGAGGUUCAGAGCAGGAGAAAUGGCGGGCUUCUUUUCACUAGGAGGAACUACCACUCAACAAGGCAAUACGCCGACAGAAAUACGACCGGAGAACUGGUUUGGGUACAGAAAUGAAGAUGUUCCGUACAAAGGUUUCGAACUAUGGCAACAACAACAACAGCAGCAGCAACAAGAUCCUUAUGUGUCGGCAGCUGGGUUAGGUGUCGGUCCUUCGAUUAACUUCGCUGAUGAUUCUUCGUCGAGAUCGGGUUUCAUGAUGACGAGAAGUGGUGGUGGAACUGGAGGUAUAAGUUGCCAGGAUUGUGGGAAUCAAGCUAAAAAGGAUUGUCCUCACAUGCGGUGUAGAACUUGUUGCAAAAGCCGAGGUUUUGAUUGCCAAACUCACGUGAAGAGUACUUGGGUUCCUGCUUCUAAGCGCCGUGAAAGGCAACAACAACUUGCUGCUUGGCAGCAACAGCAACAGCAACAACUUCCAACAGAGAGUCCCAAAAGACAUCGAGAGAAUCGACCCUCGUCUUCCCAUGCUCAUCACACUCGUUUACCCACUAACGCGUUAGGGUUAGAACUAGGGAAUUUCCCAGCAGAAGUGAACUCUGAAGCCGUGUUUCGGUGCGUGAGAGUGAGUAGCAUUGAAGAUGCGGACGAUCAGUACGCUUAUCAGACAUCUGUGAACAUCGGGGGUCAUGUUUUCAAGGGAAUUCUUUACAAUCAAGGCCCUGAAAGUGGUUACGACAUGGUUACACCAUCAGCAGCAGCGGCUGCCGAGACUUCUUCUGGUGCUGGGGUGGUUCAACCACUGAAUCGAAUCACCGGCGGCCCUACCGCAGCGGCCAACACCAACAGGGCUACCAUUGUAGCUUCCGCAGGUGGCGGCGGUGCUUCUUCUGCAUCGGCGACCGCACUUUUAGACCCUUCCUCUCGCUUUGCAACUCCACUCAACUCUUUCAUGGCUGGUACGCAGUUCUUCUCAAAUCCAAGAUCUUAAAAAAGAAAGGGAAAAACACACACCCCACAAUCCUUUUUUUUCUCUUUAUUCCACGUCUCGUCUUCUUGUUCGCUUGUUUAUCUAAUCAUGUCACCUUUCAUGUCAUUGAUAAUUAUGUACUACGAAAUUUGACAUCCACCAUUUGGGAUAUGGAGUGGUUAAAGAGAGAGAAAGAUAGAGGGAAGGAAAUGCGGAAGAUGUAUGUUUUUUUUUCUGGUAGUACAAAUUGGAACGCUUUUGGCUCAAAUCAUCAAUAUAAAUUCUUCUUCUGUUUCUUCUUCUACACAUUAUUUUCCCACUUGAACCAAAUCUCAAAGCUGUUUGUAUACGAUAUGUGCACGACAUUGUGGCGUGGCGAGCGAGUAUUUAUCAUUCUUCUUGGUCGAAUUUUCGGAUUCCCAUUGCACUUUCUGGUUGGUUUUGAACUUUGAGGGAGGCUGCUUUUUCCCUGUUUACCCGUAUAUUGGUUGCUUCCUCGGUUCGACAAAUCAACAUAAAGACCAAACGUACCUUUUCAGUUCUCAAGGUAUGGGCGGUCCAGCCAUCAGCCAUGCAUGAAUUGAUGAGGAUGUCGUUCAAAUUCCAAAGGUGAAAACA